CAUCGAUUCACCAGAUCGCUUCGAUUCCACCCACGGGCCAUGAGCAAUGGGUAGCGAAAGCCCUCGUGUCCGGGUGCUCACGCACUUCUCUGAGCACGGCACCGCGCCACGCUGGGUUCUGGGCCCCGCACCCAGCUGGAGUCCGCGGAAGACUGGGCAGCGCUUCGCGGGCGAGCAGGAGACCUCACCUGGCCCUGGCAGAUACAGCCCAAGCAAGAGCAAGGGACUCCAACCUUCGUGGGGCUUCGGCAGCGGCGACCGGGAGUGGAAUCAUUUGCCUCACGACUACUGGCCUCAAACCGCUGGCGCAUCGCCCGACCUCUACAGCAAGCAGGCGCCGGUGAAGCAGCGACCGCGGUCCUUUGGGCGUGCGGUACGGCAGUUCAAGUUUGAGAUCCCCGACACUCCGGGCCCGGGGAAAGUGACCUUGGACAUCGACGUGGAGCAUCCGCGCUACCCCGCGCCGCCGGGACAUGCGAAAGAACCGAACCGAGUCCACCGAGUUGUGCGUUGGACGAAGCCACCCAGGUAUAGCCUCGGCGGCAAGAACGAGUUCUUCUGGGCCACUUAUGCGACCCCUCCCUCCGGUGGCCGGAUGGCGCAAAGCAGCCAUGAUGUCGCCGAGACGCCUGGACCGAGUGACUACACCGUUCGACGCCCGGCACCCCCGCCGGUCGACCCCGCGGCGUCCCCGCGCCCGGCCACGCGCGACGCGCUGGGCGGGUCCUCCGCGCGGCCGUGGCAAGCGAGCUCCGCGGUGCGGAGGUCGCCCUUUGGGGAUCGACCUUCACCAGGGCCAGGGCACUACGAGACGACCUGUCGUCCAAAGGCCACCAGCACUUCGCCGCGCAAGUCUGCCCGGAGUCGUCUCCGUCCACGCAGUGCCCAUGGUGCUUUGCCGCGGAUGCCGCGCGGGGCGACACCUGGGCCGCAGUGUCCGCCAUAUACUCAGUUCGACCAGCUGGCCGAAAAUUGGGCCAAGUGAGCUUCCCGCAGAACACCGCUCGGCUGGAUGUACAGCACGUCGCGAGAUGUGACGAGGCCGACAUAGCAGCCGCGCAGAUCAACUGCCUCAG